GCGGCCGCAGCUGUUGAUCAGCAGUGUUCCUUAUACGUACGUGGUAUGUGAAUUUAUGCGUCGCGAUCGUGCGAGAGAAAGAAGGAAAGAAAAAGAAAGACAGAGAAACCGAGCUGCGUCGUCGAGGUCGCUGGUUUCCGCGACAGCAAUGCAUAACGCGCAAGACGGUUCAUAAUCCUUCGGGGCCAGAGAGGGAUCGUGGAGUACGCGUUAAGCGCGCAUCGAGGGUUACGCGCAAAGUAAACACGCGUGCGUACACACGCCUGCGCGCGCGCAUGCGCGAGCGAGCGAGCGAGCGAGCGAAAGAAAGAGUAAUCGGGCAGACAGACGUCGUAGCGUGCGAGACGGUAUCUUUGCGGUCAAGUGUCGGCGGUCGGUGUCAUGCCCGACGAUCGAACGUCCGGCGGGCGGAGUGCGCUGUUACGUGUACGCUAAGUGAUUGAAAGUACGGUGCGAAGUGAGAGGCGGGUGAUCGGCCAAGAGCGGCGACGUUCACAGCGUCGUUGACAGUGGCUUUGCUCAGGCGGGCGCACUGCGCCGUCUGUGCCGCGCCGGCGGCUCGUCGGCAUCGUCUUUUGCUUGCAUGCCACGCUUUGCCGUGAGGAUAGGAGCUCCCUGUUGGCGUUUCAUCGUGCUUAUCGAGGUAGACUGGCUUUGUCGAUAUCGCGCAUAUGCCCAGAGCGAUGAUGAAAAUUGAAACGUCUCAAGAUAUGACGUAGACAGGCAGGUGCGUGAAAAAUCACCAGAGCAAUCGCCAUGAAGAAUCUCGUGCCGUAGUUGUUAAGCGAUGUUAGUGACUGCCUCCCCGAUGGACAAUUCGCCGAACACGCUGUCGGUAGUCGAGGAGGAGGCGACGAAUGUCACCGACAUCGAUGACGCGUUCCCGCCGCAUGUCGACACCAGCAACAUUGUCAUCCAGCCGGAAUCGCCAACCAGCAAGAAGCAGACGCUGAAGACCUUCGCUGAGGUGAACACGUUGCUGCAGGCCGGCAGAAAGCGGGAGGCAAAGUUAAUCAUACGGGAGAAUGCCUGGCCACUUAACAACGGCAUCAGGGCGCAGCUUUGGCCGGCGCUAUGUAACCAGCAUGCACACGGCAAGAGUAUGCUCGACGGAUUCUACUGGGAUAUGGUUAACCAGGUGUUUGGAACGACUGAAUUACCAGAAAAAUCAAUCAUGCUACCACCGUUUGUCGAUAGUACACAUUGCUUGUCUUACAAUUUGACGAGGAAGGGCAGAAACGUGGCGGAUAGAGUCGUAUCUGUAUUGGGAUAUGCUUGUCCUGAUAUAACAUAUAGUCCCUCUCUUUAUCCCUUAACUGCACUUCUCUUGCAUUUUGUGCCAGAGGAGGAAUGUUAUCACUGUAUGGCUACUUUGGUUGCUGCCAAAGAAAAAAUGUUCAUCACGCAAACCAAACUUCUUUAUGAGGUUACGUGGAAAACAGUAGAACAAAUCACUAAAAAACAUGUUAAAUCAGCUGCUGUACAUUUAGCGAGGCAUUGCUCUGGUUCAAGGGCAGAAAGAAUCUACAUGGAUUGGAUUUGGUGGAUUCUUCAACUUCUUCCAUUUCAACAUCUAGUCAGGGUUAUGGAUUGUUUCCUUCAUGAAGGUAUUAAGGUCUUUUAUCGGGUUGCUAUGGCUAUAAUUUUAUUAUUUUAUAAGCACUCGUCGCCGCAGAAUUCCGAAUGGAUGAGUGAAAUUUCGAAGAAUGGGAUAGAUGCUGCCCUAUCGAAAUUUUGUAGACAAAUGCCAGUGACACCGGCUAAAUUUCUGCGCACUGCAUUUGGAAUACGCGGACUCAGCUCAGCAUACAUAUCACGAGUAUUUCUGCGCACAGAAAUGGCUCUUAAGAGCAAGAGUGUCCUGACGGGAUCCCGAUCCUUGGCCAGAUCACGCUCAACAGACAAUCUACCAACCAGCCAGUCUCAAGUUAAUAUUCAGAUGAUGUCACACACAUUGACGAUACGAGAAAAAGAAUGUGAAGACACGUACAAAGACAGGGGCGCACACAGUCCUGGACCACGCGCCCUAUCAAUGGGCGUUUAUCCCAUACAAAGUAUAUGCUCCCAGAUCCUAGACAUGCCUGAUUUGUUCACUCUAUGGUCAUGGCUACCGAUGAGGAUCACGAUGUAUCAACCUAUUCUAUUGUACACAACCGAAGAACAUGGAUGCUCCUUGACGACGUUCUAUGUGCGAGUUGAGCAACACGAACCGACUCUUUUGAUGAUAAAAACGUGUAAUAACGAGGUAUUUGGAGCUUAUUGUUCUACUAGAUGGUGCGAACGUAACUUGAAGGAUGACAAGGGUCAGAGACAAGCAUAUUUCGGUACCGGUGAGACAUUCCUGUUCAGCUUGUAUCCUGAACGAGCCAAAUAUCCUUGGGUAGGUAUGGAUUCGUCGCACAAUGACUCUAGAGUACAUCACUCAGCUGAACUAUUUAUGGCUGCUGAUUCAAAGAUGAUUACUAUUGGUGGCGGAGAUGGUCAGGCGAUUUGGAUGGAUGAGAAUAUAAGAUUUGGCAAAACGGAUCGGUGCUCGACAUUUAAUAAUCCCCCGCUCUGCGCCAGUGGUGACUUUGAAAUCAGAGUAUUGGAGGUAUAUGGCUUUGCCGGUGCCUGAAAAGGGAAAAAACAGCAGUGUAUUAGUUUGUUUUAUUCCCUACUGCCAUUUAGCGACUCUCUUUCUAUAUAUACGUAUUAAACACAUCGUGUUAUAUGUCAUGAAUGUAUCUCCGCGUAUCAUUCUUUCUAGUAAACCCGUAUGCAAAGAGCGCACAAUGUGAGAUUUGUCUGAUACAAGAGGAUAGAAAUAUUUUGUUAUAUUUAAAAAUGUUUUUGCAUUUUCUUUUGUAUUUAAUUUCUGAGAAUCACUUGACAUCCCUAUUGGAUUUUAAUAUUAUUAUUAUAUUUAGAUUUAUAAUAUUUAUUUCAUUGUGCAAUUAAAUAGGAAAUGUGCCACUUAUAAAAAAGACAGUAUUAGAAUAACAUAACAUUGAUUGGAUAGGUAAUAAUUAAAUAAAGCAAUAUAAUUUAUAAAUAAUCUAUAUAAAGACAUAAAUUUAGUUGAGAAGUUCUAAAAUAUUUAAUAAUAAAAUUAAUAUAUCAAAUGAAUACUAUAUUCAAUUUAUGAGCAAUUUGUAUGCAGUCAAAUUAAAUAUUUUUGUCCUUUUAAAUUGGCCAAAUUUUAUAAUGUACAAUACAUCAAUACAAGCUACGCUCUGCAAUGUAACAACUUAUAAUUAUUGCCAGCUUUGCAUCUUCUGAUUACUGAUGGCAAUAAUUGAUAAACGAUUCAUAUAUGACUUCUAAAUAUACAUUAUAGUAAUGACUUUUUAGGACAAUUAUAUGCGUCAAAAAUAUAACUGUCAAAUAUUAUCGUAAAUUAUCAAUGAUAAAUGAUUAAUAUUAAUCACUUAUAGAUUCAUAAAACAAUUAUAUCUUGUGAGUCUGUAGGUACGUAUAUUAUGAAACAAUUAAAGCUAUAUUCCAAACCGGAUAGCUUGUUAUGACAAUUAUUGUCGGCAACAUAGCAAAAUAUUGCAGGUAGUAAUUCUAUAGUUUUUGGAUAUUUGUUAAUUCACACGCGAUAAAUAAAGAAAUAUGUUUAUAUUAAUAAAAUAUUGUCCUUUUGAACAUACCUUGGCAUAUCGAAAAA